AUGAAGGACGCGCCGGCCUGCGCCGCGGGCCGCUUCAGCGGCGCUGGCGCGACGUACUGCGGCCUCUGCCCGAGCGGCCAGACGUCCGGCGAGGGGUCGAGCGGCCGCGUGCCCGUCGACGCGGGGUCGCGCGCGGCCGGCGACGGCGAGGGAGCUCACGACGACUCCACGGCGAGCUCCACGAUGGGCGACGUGGACGUGAGCGCCCUCGCCGCGGAGCGCGAGCUCGCUUUACUACGACGCUUCGGGCAACCCGUGGUCGAAGAGCAGCUGCCCGGGACGCGCGCGGUGCGCUGCGUCCUCGACGACCGCGGCGUCGGCGUGCUUUCGACGCACCUGUCGUUCUUCGAGGAGGCGUCCGGCACGGCCGCCAUUCGCGAGGUCCUCGACGACCCAGCGUUGCACGGGUCGUUCGAUAGCCUCGUCAAGAUGCAGACGACGAGGCGCGAGACCAACCGCGUCUACGCGGAGGGCUGGCGCGACGUCGAGAACGGCGUGCGCUGGACGGCGAACAAGGUCGUCGAGGAGUUCCCGGCGGUGUUUCCGUACCCCGUCCACGGCCGGGUGGAGCACGUCUACAGCGGCCGCCGCGAGAUCGACGCGGCGAAAGCCUGGGACAGACGCGCGCGCGCGCUCGGCAAGCCCGGGCCAUACAAUUUCGACUAUGUCGCGCCCGCGCCAGGGCUUCGCGCGGAACUCUUCGACAACCUCGUGGCCGAGCCGCUCCCCAAGAGCGCCGAGCCCGCCGGCGAGCUCGCGCGCGCGGCCGACGCGGACCGCUCCGAGGACGCCGCGGGCCCCGACGGCGGCGACGACGCGCCCGACGCCGUGGGCGCGCGCGCGGCCGACGCGGACCCGCGGGCGGGCGAGACCUGGCGCUUCAAGUGCCACUGCGGCGUGGACUGCCAGGACUUCGACGACGGCGAGGCGAUGUGGCAGUGCGAGCAGUGCGAAUCGUGGCAGCACGCGCGGUGCGCUAUGCCAAGUUGUAUGCACCGCAUCUGUCCCGAUCCAUACUUCUGCCGCGAGUGCGCGCCCAUCGUCGCGCAGAAGCGGCCGGCCCCGCCGGCGGGGCCGCCGCCCGAGCCCGAGAAGUCGCCGUACGAGAAGGAGCGCGACGCGCGCAUCGCGCGGAACGCGGACUUCCUCGCGAGCCUCGGCCUCGGCGGCGGCCUCGCGCCCACGGAGGAGAAGAAGAAGAAGACCGUGAAGAAGCGCAAGGCCGAGUCGCAGGAGCCCGCGCGGAAGAGCUCGCGGCUGGCGGAGGAGGCAGAGCGGCGGCGCGACGCCGUCGCCGAGGCCCAGGCCGCCGCCGCGGAGGCGCGCGCCGCGCGCAAGCAGCGCAUCCUCCAGGGGCCGCUCGUGCGCUACGUCGCGACCUUCGAGCGCUACCUGCUCGCGUCGGCCGCCGGCCCGGACACGAUCGACGACGACGAUGACGACGCCGAGCGCGACGCGGCCGCCGCGCCGCCGCCGCCCGUCGUCCACCCGCACGGCCCGCCCACGCUCCGCAAGGUCUACCUCGUCCCCGACGCGCAGCGCGAGUGGGCCCCCAUCGACGGCGUCGCCCCGCCCCAGGACGACGACGCCCGCGCGGCCGUCCUCGCGCUCCGCGCGGAGCCGGCCGCCGCCGCGCCCGCGCCCGCGCCGCCCGCCGCGCCCGCGCUCACGGCCGCGCCGCCGACGCCCGCCGUGGCCGCCGCGCCGGUCGCCGCCGCGCCCGCGCCCGCGCCGUCCGCCGCGGCCGCCGCCGCCGCGCUCGCCGCCGCCGCCGAGCGCGACGCGAAGAAGCGCCAGGCCGAGGCCGCCGCGCCCGCGCCGAAGAAGCCCAAGGCCGCCCUGACCGACGCCGAUCUCGCGGCGGCGAAGGCGCUCGUCGCGGCGUGGAACGCGGAGGAAGACGCGUGGAAGGUGGUCAAGGCGGUCCUCGCCGAGGUCGUCGGCAAGACGAAGCUCCAGGCGGCGCUCGACGAGGCGAACGCCGCCCACUCGCGCGCCCGCGUGUCCCUCGCCGCCCUCCGCAAAGCGGCGUCGACGCGCGUCAAGGCCGCGGCCAACAAGCUCAAGAAGGAGAGCGUCCCCGCCUAG